UUUCUAAUUAUAAAGAAGGAUAAUAGCCUACGUUUUAUUAAUAACACCCAACGGAUUAAUAAAGUAAUUCUCCAAAAUACUAACCUACUACUAAACUACGAAGAGUUUAGUAGAACGUUCGGAGGUUGUAAAAUAAUAUCCCUAUUAAACCUUUUUUCUAAAUACAAUUAA